AUGCACAAGCUCACUGUUGGGGCUUUGUUGGCCCUCACGGCUUUGACAGUCGCCGAAGUUUACUUGAAGGAAGAGUUCGGUAAGUGUUUUGAUUAAUAUUUCCGCGUUUUAGUUUGUCAUAAGUGAAAGUGCGAAAUUUGCUGCAAAACAAAACUAUUAGGGUGCUGAUUAUGAUAAGUCAACUGUUUUUGCAACGGUUUUGUUAUUAUCAAUUCUUAAAUAUUCCUAAACAAGUAAAAUAACAUCAAGUUUUGCAGGAGAUGGAUGGGAAGACAGAUGGGUCCAAUCCAAGCACAAGGAUGACUUCGGUAAAUUCGUAGCCUCUGCCGGAAAGUGGUACGGUGACGAGAAACGUGACACUGGUAUCAAGACUUCUCAAGAUGCUCGUUUCUACGCUAUCUCUACCAAGUUCAACAAGUUCACCAACAAGGGCAAACAAUUGGUCGUCCAAUUCACCGUCAAGCACGAACAGAACAUUGACUGUGGAGGUGGCUACGUCAAGAUCUCUCCAUCCGACGUCAACCAAGAAGAUUACCACGGUGAAUCCGACUACGUGAUCAUGUUCGGUCCCGAUAUUUGCGGUCCAUCAAACAAGAAGGUCCACGUCAUCUUGAACUACAACGGAAAGAACCACCUGAUCAAGAAGAACAUCUCCCCCAAGGACGACGACCUCACUCACUUGUACACUUUGGUUUUGAACUCCGACAACACCUACGAAGUUCACAUCGAUGGAGCCAAGGUUGAGAGCGGAGAACUCGAAGCCGACUGGGACUUCUUGCCGGAGAAGAAGAUCAAGGACCCCGACGCCAAGAAGCCAGAAGACUGGGACGACAACGAAUACAUCACCGAUCCAGAAGACAAGAAGCCAGAAGACUGGGACAAACCACAACACAUUCCAGACCCAGAGGCCAAGAAGCCAGAAGAUUGGGACGAUGAGAUGGACGGAGAAUGGGAACCACCAAUGAUUGACAACCCUGAAUACAAGGGAGAGUGGAAGCCAAAAGAGAUCAAAAACCCCAACUACUCUGUAAGUUUAUAUCUACAUUAUUUUGUGUUAUUUAAUAUCUAAUUUAAUUGAUUUUAUAAUUUAUUGACGGUUGGUUAAUGUUUCUUUCAUUUUAGGGCAAGUGGAUCCACCCUGAAAUUGACAACCCAGAAUACAAGCCUGACGAUGAGAUCUACAAGUUCGACGACAUCUCCAUCGCCGCCUUCGACCUCUGGCAAGUCAAGUCGGGUACUAUCUUCGACAACCUCCUCAUCACCGACUCGAUUGAAGAGGCCCAGUCUCACGCUGCCGAAACCUUCGAGCCAUUGAGAGAUGCCGAGAAGAAGCAGAAGGAAGAAUUCGAAGAAGAAGAGAAGAAGCGAUUGGAAGAAGAACGCAAGAGGGAAGAGGAGAAGGCCAAGGACGCCAAGAAGGACGAGAAGGAAGACGACGAUGAGGAAGAGGAGAAGGAACACGACGAACUCUAA